AUGGCGUUGAAUCUCCGAAGAUGGCGUGUGAAAUCAAUACGAAGAUUCGAUUUCAUAGAGAUUGUAGGCGUGAAAGUAAAGUCGUUCCAUUUUAGAAUUACAUUGAGCUCAGCAUUCGAACUCUUUACUCUGAAUCGGCAAACGAAUAUGACGAAGAAACUAUUAGAGCGGAAUGAAAGUGCUACUCAUAGGGUAAGUUACCCAUUGCAAAUGGCUUACUUGAUACCUCCACUGAUUCGUAUGCGGCCCAACCUUGUUCCUAUGCGUAGUCUUGCCCGAACUGAACCUCGGAACUGUAAGCCUUUCACUCGUAAAUGGACGCCGUUUUUCAUGUCUUCAAAAGUGACUCCAGUUUUUGGAAUGGCGAAAUGUUCAAUAUGA